GGGCGUCAUGUGACCUAUGCUCACGUGUCUCCGCAGCCGGCUCGAGAAAGAAUCCCCCAAGCUCCAUUCCAUGAGUAAGCGUGAGAGCCGCUCAGUUUCCUCCAGCUCUGCUGAACCCAGCACAGAAGUAGCCCAAACUCUUCCCUCUGCUGACAGCAAAUUUUAGGCAAAGUCUUGAGAAAGAAGAAAUUGGGGCCAGAAAGGGAAGUGAGGAGAAUCAGAUCCCAGACCUUUGGGGAGAAGGAGCAACCCCCUCUGGCACAGCCCAUCAGGGAGAAAGAGCAGGUUGAGAAGAGUCCUAGGCUAACAGCCCCAAACAGGUGGGUGUUGCUCAGCUGCCUGGGGCAUGUGGUUGUAAGGCAGAACCCACAGACCUUGCAGGAAGAAGGCUCUUGGGGCCAUGGCCCAGGUCAGCAUCAACAAUGACUACAGCGAGUGGGGCUUGAGCACGGAUGCCGGGGAGCGGGCCCGGCUGCUGCAGAGUCCCUGUGUGGACACAGCCCCCAAGAGUGAGUGGGAAGCCUCUCCUGGGGGUCCGGACAGAGGCAUCACUUCCACACUUGGGGCCGUCUUCAUCGUCGUCAAUGCGUGCCUGGGCGCAGGGUUACUCAACUUCCCAGCAGCCUUCAGCACUGCGGGGGGCGUGGCAGCAGGCAUCGCACUGCAGAUGGGUAUGCUGGUUUUCAUCAUCAGUGGCCUUGUCAUCCUGGCCUACUGCUCCCAGGCCAGCAAUGAGAGGACCUACCAGGAGGUGGUGUGGGCUGUGUGUGGCAAGCUGACAGGUGUGCUGUGUGAGGUGGCCAUCGCUGUCUACACCUUUGGCACCUGCAUUGCCUUCCUAAUCAUCAUUGGCGACCAGCAGGACAAGAUUAUAGCUGUGAUGGCGAAAGAGCCGGAGGGGGCCAGCGGCCCUUGGUACACAGACCGCAAGUUCACCAUCAGCCUCACUGCCUUCCUCUUCAUCCUGCCCCUCUCCAUCCCCAGGGAGAUUGGUUUCCAGAAAUAUGCCAGCUUCCUGAGCGUCGUGGGUACCUGGUACGUCACAGCCAUCGUUAUCAUCAAGUACAUCUGGCCAGAUAAAGAGAUGACCCCAGGGAACAUCCUGACCAGGCCGGCUUCCUGGAUGGCUGUGUUCAAUGCCAUGCCCACCAUCUGCUUCGGAUUUCAGUGCCACGUCAGCAGUGUGCCCGUCUUCAACAGCAUGCGGCAGCCUGAAGUGAAGACUUGGGGUGGAGUGGUGACAGCUGCCAUGGUCAUAGCCCUUGCUGUCUACAUGGGGACAGGCAUCUGUGGCUUCCUGACCUUUGGAGCUGCUGUGGAUCCUGACGUGCUCCUGUCCUAUCCCUCGGAAGACAUGGCUGUGGCCGUUGCCCGAGCCUUCAUCAUCCUGAGCGUGCUCACCUCCUACCCUAUCCUGCACUUCUGUGGGCGGGCGGUGGUGGAAGGCCUGUGGCUGCGCUACCAGGGGGUUCCAGUGGAGGAGGACGUGGGGCGGGAGCGGCGGCGGCGAGUGCUGCAGACGCUGGUCUGGUUCCUGCUCACCCUGCUGCUGGCGCUCUUCAUCCCUGACAUUGGCAAGGUGAUCUCAGUCAUUGGAGGCCUGGCCGCCUGCUUCAUCUUCAUCUUCCCAGGGCUGUGCCUCAUUCAAGCCAAACUCUCCGAGAUGGAAGAGGUCAAACCAGCCAGCUGGUGGGUGCUGGUCAGCUACGGAGUACUCUUGGUCACCCUGGGAGCCUUCAUCUUCGGCCAGACCACAGCCAACGCCAUCUUUGUGGAUCUCUUGGCAUAACCACUGCCUCCCAGGGAACACAAGGCCUUUGCCAUUGGUCGCAGGAACCCAUCUCUUAGAGCUAUGGGGCCAUGCUUAGCCCACGAUCAUUCCAACUGGUGGGAUGACAUCCAGACAUCCUCUUCCAGGGAGUGGGGCAAACUCAGGCCCCACACCUCUGGACAGCUCAAACCCAGUUGCUUUCCUGUUCCCCAGUCCUGGCAGUGCCGUGGAUGGCGGCAGGAAGUCUCACAUCAUAGAGGAAACUUCCUCCUCUCCCAGUUCUCAACUUCUCCAUGCCUGGAAUCCAUGGGUGAAGAGAAUCGGUAGAUCUCAUAAGAAAGAAUCCAGUCUGACUUCCCUCUGGAGAAUGACUAUGGACAGAAAGCCACCAUCCUCCACAGAGCACCCUGUCCUGAGUAGGGGCUGUGCUCAUUACCCCAGGCCAGUGGUAGCUUCUUCAGGAGUCUGGCCACUUCCAAAGGUAGCACUGAAGUCGUGCAAAUGCAUAGUCAGGUAGAUUCAGACCUUGUCCACACCUUCCUGGGCAACCCCCACCAUGAACCUAUCAGCCUCUUUCCCAUAGCUAAUAGACAUUUCCCAGGCCUUGAGGGGCCCCACCCUGUCUCUUUCAUCAAACCUGAUGGUCCAGGCUGGGCAUCCCUCUCCUCCUCCAUCCCCAGACCUCACCAGGUCUAAUGUUUACAAACGGUGCCAGCCCGGCUCUGAAGCCAAGGGCCGUCCCGUGCCACGGUGCUGUGAGUAUUCCUCCGUUAGCUUUCCCCAUAAGGUUGGGGGUAUCUGCUUUUCUGUCUGAGACGGGCCUCUCUUUUCAGAGGCCCCAGGGUGGGUGAUGGAGAAGGCUGAGAACCUUUCAGACCCUCUGUGUGGGCUAGGCUGGUCAGAAUCAGGGUGUACCUCCCCGACACCUUCUUUUUCAGUGAUGUUUUCUCUUCUCCCUCCCUUUCUUCUGCCUCCUCCCCCGCCAGCCCUAGCGUGACUACCCAGAGACAAAAAAAAAAAAAAAAAAAAAAAAAAAAGGCAGGACUGGGCACGGUGGCUCGCGCCUGUAAUCCCAGCACUUUGGGAGGCCAAGGCGGGCAGAUGACUUGAGAUCAGGAGUUUGAGACCAGCCUGGCCAACAUGGCGAAACCCCAUCUCUACUAAAAAUACAAAAAAUUAGCCAGGCAUGGUGGCAGGCAUCUGUAAUCCCAGCUACUUGGGAGGCUGAGGCAGCAGAACCGCUUAAACCCAGAGGCAGAGAUUGCAGUGAGCUGAGAUCGUGCCAUUGCACUCCAGCUUGGGCAACAAGAGUGAAACUUCAUCUCAAAAAAACAAAAACAAACAAAAAGGCAGCUAGGUUGUCACUGAUGGGCAGCAUUUGAGCCUGCCACACUGGCCUGGAAGUUUCCCUUCCAGUCUGGAUUUUGUCUGCUCCUUCCUUCCCCCUCACCCCAUCACCUCUUCACCUCCCAUCCCAUUUCACUGUGUAGCUCAGUCUCUCCCACGCACAUAAUUGGGAGCAGUGUGAGCUCUUACCAGCCUCCUGAGCAACGCAUGUCCGUCAGGCCUGGCCUCAGUGGCCAGCCACAUUGAUGUCACACUGGAAUUGUUACCCCAGACAGGGUGAAGAGAUAGGCUAUCUCCCCACCUCCCACCCCACUCCCCACUAUAUUCCCGUUUUGACCACCUCAGCCCCUCAGCUGCCCCCUCUCACUUUGGCCAAUCCCAGGCACCAAUCAGACUUCCUUUUCCACCUGGAGUCCCUAGCAUUUCCUUGUCCCCUCUUCCCCAAAACCUCUGUACAGGGUAUGAGAGGGACCCCCUGCCCAGCUGCCCACCACUCAGGGCAGUCUGAUCUAAGAAGCAGAAGCCGGUUGGAGGCUGGCUGGGCUUCUGUCCAAUCCCCAGAUGGAUAACCUGCCUUUUCUCACAUCCCCUCUUGGUGCCUGAUCUUCUCUGCCCCUGGGGCCAGACCCAUUGUGCUGUUUUCUGUCAGUCUCUGGCACAGCACCAAGCUCUGCCAGCACCAGUCCCUGACAGGGCUAGGAGGACAAUCUGGUCAGCAGGGCUGCAGUCCCCCAGUGCCAUGUUUCGGGGGUCGAGGGAUGUAAGUGGAGUCAUUGCACAGAGACCGACCAGUCAGAAGGAGCUGGAAUCUGGCCUCUUGUCCUAACCUCAGGAGCCCCCUCCCAUCCUCUCCCCACCCUCCCUGUCGGGGUACUUCACUGUUUCUUUUCUACUUGUGUAUACCCGGGAAAGGGAAGAUGGUUAAUAAAAGGGAUUUGUGCUGCUGA